GACGAGAGCAAAGGAGAGAAGGACAAGGCCAAGGACGAGAGCAAAGGAGAGAAGGACAAGGCCAAGGACGAGAGCAAGGGAGAGAAGGAAGAGGAAAAGGAGGCGGGGAAGGGGACGCCAGCGGCCGCGGAUGCGCUUGGGUCAGAGGAAGGUCAUGAUAGCGGCGUGGAUGAAUCAACACAGGCCAAGGAGAAUGGGCAGGCAAGGUCCCCCUCGAAGGCCCCCAAAGGCUCCCCAAGAAAGAGGAUGCCCCGUUCCUCCGACCCAUCCCCCAUGAAGCGAACGCCACAGUCCACUGCUUCUGCUGAACGUAAAGUGCCGAUGAACAAGAUUGAAGUUGGCAAGACAGCUUCCCCGAACUUGAAGGCCGUCAAGUCCAAGAUUGGGUCAAUGGACAAUGCUACUUACAAGCCAGGCGGAGGAAAGGUCAAGAUCGAGUCCAAGAAACUCGACUUUUCCAAAACCUCGAGCAGGAUCUCGGCCAAGAACGAGGCCUACACACCCGGAGGAGGGGAGAAGAAGCCGGAUAAGAUUGAAUCCCAAAAACUGAAAUGGACGGCAACCAGCAAAGUUGGCUCCCUCGACAACAAGGACCACAAGCCCGGCGGUGGCGAUAAGAAGAUCGAAACCCAGAAGCUGAACAUUAAGGCCCAGUCCAAGAUUGGCUCAAAGGACAACAUGAAACACAAGCCUGGAGGCGGUGAUAUCCAGAUUGAGCAAAAAAAACUGGACUUCAAGGAAAAGGCAUCCAGUAGAGUAGGCUCACUUAAUAACGUUAAGCACAAAGCUGGAGGUGGCGAUAAAAAAAUAUUUGAUGACAAGGAUUACCUCAGGCAGAUGCAAGGCUCACCCUGCAAAACUCCCACCAGUAAGGCCUCAUCAGAAGCCAAUUUGUCUCGGACACAGAGCCCAAGCCCUGGACUGACCUCUCCUGCACCUCAGGAUGGACGAGCCAGUGCCAGCGGAGAAGUGACCCCGGCAGAGGGAGCUCUGUCCCCUUAAGAAGCUGCUUUUGAACCUCAUUCUAAAUCAGGGUUCGUCAUUUGAUCAUAAAAUAAUGAUCAAGAGUGGCUUCUUUGGAAAGGGAAAUAUACCGUGAUAAGUGCUUUGUGAAGUUCCAUAUGCUGUCUCAUGCAGAUUAUGACAGUGGAGUUUCCUUUAAGUGUUAAAUAGAUAAAACAUUCAUUGCAGGAAGCAGUGUCAGAAUACGGUGAAUCACCAUAGAUUUCUUUCUCCCGUAAAAGCAAAUUGGAUCUUUUUUUUUACAAGACUGAAAGAAAUGCUUUGUGUAAGGAUAUUUCUGUCCACUGCACAGUCUGUUUAUAUGCAUUCCAUGUCAGUCCGGUUAUAUAUAUGUUAAUUUAACUUGCGGGAUGCAUGUCAACAAGUGCUAAUGCAGCUACUUUUGAUACAUGGUAAGCCUGUACUGUGAGGUUGAUAAACAUCUGUUUGCUCUUUUCCCUUAUAGAGAUUUACAUGUUAUAAUUUACCUACCAUGACAAGUAUGAUUAUAUAAUCUAGCCUGAGUACUUGCUCAUGGAAUAGUUUCUAUAGCUUGUUGCACACACCAAUAUAUUUUGGUUAGGAUACCAUUUGCUGACCCUUGUCAAAAGAGCAAUAACAGUGGUAAAGGUUCCAUGUUGAUGAAGCGUUAUAACGUCUUCUGUAGGUAUAAAACUAGCUUUCAAAGGCCAGCCUUUUUUAGUUAUGUAAACUGUGUCAGGCGUCCAUGAUUUUGAUAUUCGUUCAUGGCAUGUUAACCAACUUGUGCUGUAGAAAACUAAAGCCUGUCUUGAUGUAUAUUUAAUAUAACUUUUAAUUUGUCCUUCAUGUACUUGCUUCUAACAGAUAUGGCUGACAAAAUUAGCAAAAUUUCCAUGCAUUCUUUUUAAUUAUACUGUAUAUGUUUGAGGUUUGUUUUUAAAAUUGUGAUGUCAUGAGUCAUACCUUUAUAGGCAGUUUGUCCAGAAACUAGCUACUAGGCUUUCACUAUUCCUCAAAUCUUCCAGAUGCAAAUCAAAUUCUUGGAUACAUUUCUAUAUGGUCUUAAAGCUAGAAUAAGGAAGCUUUUAUUCCAGUAUGCCUUGUAAAGAUUGGUGAUGACGACUCCUGUUACUUUUCUUUCCCUGCUGCUCCCCUGUAGGUGAUCCAUGAUUGGGUGAUCACUUCGUAGAGUCUGUGCGAACUGGAAUUAAGAGGUUCGUUACGCUCUGCCAAGUGUUCGUCUGUCAGUCUUAAUGCAUUUUUUGCCAGCAGGUGAAAAAGUAGCCAUCUUAAAUGGAGUUAAUAUCUGAUUGUACUAUAAUCAAGCUGCAAAAGGACUGUUCAUGGAAACAAUAAAAUUAUAAUACUGUUCAUGCAAAGCUUUUAAGAUACAGAAAGAUAUAACAACUGACUGUACUCUUAAUUAAUUUAAUUAUCACUGUCAUGCAUACAUUUCUUUUCAUGCAUUACUAAGUCAUGCCAUUGUUUCAGAUUUUUCUAGAGAACUGUCUAAAGGUCUUGAAUAAGGGGUUUUCUCCAGUACCAGGUUCUUUCAAUACCCUUGUGACUUCUGUUUCCUUUUGGUUUAUACACUUUAUUUUCAAAUCUCACUGAUCAAAAUUUAAUAUGAAUUAGAAAAUCACAAUUUAAUAAGUAUUUUGUUCCUCACAAAUAAUUUCUUUGAUGUGAACAUUGUACACAGUUGGAAGAUAAGAGCAAAAACCGGGUGUAUAACUCAUCAGGCGGGGGUCAUGUUGGUACGGUACUCUGGCUGUAAACACUGAGGUAGAAUUGCAAAGCUUUAUGUGAGGGUCUAAAGCUUUUUAACCAUUGCUUUAUCCUGGACACAGUAUGCUGUUGUUCUGAGCUCUCAUGCCUUGGUAUCCACUCACCAUUUCACCAUACCUCAUGUAAUGCUUUAAGGUUCUCGCAGAAGGAGCAGUUGUCACCUCACUUCCCUGUGUUUUGCAUCAGACUUCAAGUAUUCUGUGUCAUUAUAAGGAAAAGAAUAAAAAUUACUUGGAA